AUGGGAGCACAGUGUUUCAAUUAUGAAAUACAGGUUCUAUGCUGUGAGAAUACGUGCAUCACCACCACUACAACCACAGAAUCUCCUACCACAACUACUACAUCAACAACAUCCACUGUUAGCCCGACAACAACAGAGACACCAACCACAACAACCAUCACCACUACGACAACAACAACAGAAACCCCAACCACAACCACAGAAUCUCCUACCACAACCACUACAUCAACAACAUCCACUGUAAGCCCAACCACAACAUCUCCUACCACAACCACAUCAUCAACAACAUCCACUGUAAGCCCAACCACAACAGAGACACCAACCACAACAACCACUACCACUACUACAACUACUGAAACCCCAACUACAACACCAACAACAACAGGAAGCACAACAACCAUCACUACGACAACAACAACAGAAACCCCAACCACAACCACAGAAUCUCCUACCACAACCACUACAUCAACAACAUCCACUGUAAGCCCAACCACAACAUCUCCUACCACAACCACAACAACCACUACCACUACUACAACUACUGAAACCCCAACUACAACACCAACAACAACAGGAAGCACAACAACCAUCACUACAACCACAGAAUCUCCUACCACAACCACUACGGAGACACCAACCACAACAACAACCAUCACCACUACGACAACAACAACAGAAACCCCAACCACAACCACAGAAUCUCCUACCACAACCACUACAUCAACAACAUCCACUGUAAGCCCAACCACAACAUCUCCUACCACAACCACUACAUCAACAACAUCCACUGUAAGCCCAACCACAACAGAGACACCAACCACAACAACCACUACCACUACUACAACUACUGAAACCCCAACUACAACACCAACAACACCAACAACAACAGGAAGCACAACAACCAUAUCUCCGAGCAUCACCACCACUACAACCACAGAAUCUCCUACCACAACCACUACGGAGACACCAACCACAACAACAACCAUCACCACUACGACAACAACAACAGAAACCCCAACCACAACCACAGAAUCUCCUACCACAACCACUACAUCAACAACAUCCACUGUAAGCCCAACCACAACAUCUCCUACCACAACCACAUCAUCAACAACAUCCACUGUAAGCCCAACCACAACAGAGACACCAACCACAACAACCACUACCACUACUACAACUACUGAAACCCCAACUACAACACCAACAACAACAGGAAGCACAACAACCAUGUGCAUCACCACCACUACAACCACAGAAUCUCCUACCACAACCACUACGGAGACACCAACCACAACAACAACCAUCACCACUACGACAACAACAACAGAAACCCCAACCACAACCACAGAAUCUCCUACCACAACCACUACAUCAACAACAUCCACUGUAAGCCCAACCACAACAUCUCCUACCACAACCACAACAACCACUACCACUACUACAACUACUGAAACCCCAACUACAACACCAACAACAACAGGAAGCACAACAACCAUAUCUCCGAAUCCCACCACUACAACCACAGAAUCUCCUACCACAACCACUACGGAGACACCAACCACAACAACAACCAUCACCACUACGACAACAACAACAGAAACCCCAACCACAACCACAGAAUCUCCUACCACAACCACUACAUCAACAACAUCCACUGUAAGCCCAACCACAACAUCUCCUACCACAACCACUACAUCAACAACAUCCACUGUAAGCCCAACCACAACAGAGACACCAACCACAACAACCACUACCACUACUACAACUACUGAAACCCCAACUACAACACCAACAACAACAGGAAGCACAACCACUACAACCACAGAAUCUCCUACCACAACCACUACGGAGACACCAACCACAACAACAACCAUCACCACUACGACAACAACAACAGAAACCCCAACCACAACCACAGAAUCUCCUACCACAACCACUACAUCAACAACAUCCACUGUAAGCCCAACCACAACAUCUCCUACCACAACCACAUCAUCAACAACAUCCACUGUAAGCCCAACCACAACAGAGACACCAACCACAACAACCACUACCACUACUACAACUACUGAAACCCCAACUACAACACCAACAACAACAGGAAGCACAACAACCAUCACCACUACAACCACAGAAUCUCCUACCACAACCACUACGGAGACACCAACCACAACAACAACCAUCACCACUACGACAACAACAACAGAAACCCCAACCACAACCACAGAAUCUCCUACCACAACCACUACAUCAACAACAUCCACUGUAAGCCCAACCACAACAUCUCCUACCACAACCACAUCAUCAACAACAUCCACUGUAAGCCCAACCACAACAGAGACACCAACCACAACAACCACUACCACUACUACAACUACUGAAACCCCAACUACAACACCAACAACACCAACAACAACAGGAAGCACAACAACCAUAUCUCCGAAUCCAUGCACGUACAAGUGUACAUGUUUGUAA